CAAGAGCCGGCGGGACUACCCGGUUGCAACGGGCGCGUACAAACGUAUCAUGCUGGGUAGGGCCGGUGCCGAGAUGCCGGCUUGUAAACGAAACCAGUUUGCUAUCCGAUACGAUCCAGGCAACAGCGGCCUCGCGUGAUAUCCCCACGGCCGAGGAGAACGUCAGCGUGCGCUUUCCGCCCGAUGUGACCCCGGAGGAUAUCUAGCUGGAGAACUCGGCAUCGGGGCCCACCUGACGGAUACCUGCUCGGGGGUGAGAUUCAGUCGGCGAGAGGCGAGGCGGCGAACAACAGCCCACUGGUCACUCUCGUUGCGAAAGUCAACCCCGUUCCGAGGUUUUGUCCGAGCUCUUCGGAAUAAUCGAUAGUGCGGUAACAUUUUCGCCGGAGAAUCAGUCUCCUCGAGGUUGGGAUAGGAUAGAACGGACUUUGAGGGGGGGGACGAUUCGAGCGAUCGAGGAUCGAGGCGAGAUCCAUCGUCGAGAAACGGGCUCGUUUCAUUUCUCGCGUGGUCGACGAAAAUUCGUUCGAGUGAAUUCGGAACUUGGAAUCCUGUGCUCCGAUCCGAUAUUCGAAACGAUAUAUAUAUGUAUAUAUAUAUCAGUAUUGAGUGUCGUAUUCGGCGUGAAGUGAUGACGUACGUAUUGAUGGAGUGAUCGAGAAGAGAGAGAACGGGGGAAAUAAUGAGAAUCGUUGGAGACGGAAGAUGGAAGACACGAUGAGAAGCGCGAAGAGCAAACACAAAUCGAGUCGGAUAAUUUCUUGAGCCCGAUCGAGAGGAGGAGGAGAGGAGGAGGACGGUGACAUCGAUGCUUUGAAGUGGAUCCCGUUGGCGCAGACACGGAGCACAAGUGGAUCCUGGAGCGGGAAGGAUCUUGGAGAAUCGAGACGGAAGAGAUGUCAGCCGUAGCACCAGCAGCGGGGACCGGUGCCACGGCACCCUCUGCCAACGGUCCGAUCGUACCUGCUCCAAUUUUUGCGUUGCCAACGUUGUCGUUCACCGUCAACCAGGUCGCCACCGUGUGCGAAACCCUGGAAGAGAGCGGGGACAUCGAGAGGCUGGCGAGGUUCCUUUGGAGCCUUCCAGUCGCGCAUCCCAACAUCCAGGAACUGAAUCAAAGCGAGGCUGUGCUGAGAGCAAGGGCCAUCGUCGCUUUCCACUCGGGACAUUACAGAGAAUUGUACGCCAUACUGGAGAGGCACAAGUUCACCAAGGACUCCCAUGGUAAACUCCAGGCGAUGUGGCUGGAGGCGCAUUAUCAGGAAGCCGAGAAGCUUCGGGGAAGGCCCCUAGGCCCAGUGGAUAAGUACAGGGUUAGAAAGAAAUUUCCAUUACCGAGGACGAUCUGGGAUGGGGAACAAAAGACUCAUUGCUUCAAGGAGAGAACCAGAUCGUUGUUGAGAGAGUGGUACCUCCAGGAUCCGUAUCCGAAUCCCGGGAAGAAGAGGGAACUCGCCGCGGCGACGGGCCUCACGCCGACGCAGGUUGGUAAUUGGUUCAAGAACAGGAGACAAAGGGAUCGUGCUGCUGCAGCAAAAAAUAGAAUGCAACAACAAUCUGGGACAGGAAACGGGAAUACGCGACGGGCGUUGAGCCCAGGGCCGGGUGGCAGCGAUUCGGAGGACUCGGAUAUCUCGCUCGGCGGUACGUCGCCCGCGUCACCGAGUUCCUCACCUCCGCCAACUCAUCAACCAUCUCCUGUUCCUCUCGGGCCCCUUGGUCCCCUGCCACCGCCAUCCUUAAAUUUCCGUUUCGAUCCUUCGCAAUCGCAGUUUCGAUUCAACCACGCGACGGCCUUCAAAUUCCCGCCGACGGGUUUCCGGUUUGGACCGCACAGCCCGCAACACAAUCAUCCCAACAUCUCGGGCGGCGGAAUCUUCAGGCUGACGGAAACGAGCCCGUUCCAAGCUGUGGGGCCCAGGGGUGAUCUCGGAUCCAGAUUACCCGAUCCUCUGGGGCUGCCACCCCCGAGGUUGCAUCCGCACGAGGGCCUGCUCCACCACCCCCACGUGCAGCACCAGCUGCCUGAACGGAUAUCGGACGGCUCGCGGCUCUCGGAUGGUGGAAUCUCGCGUCUGUCGGACAGCCUGUCGGAAGCGCACAGCCCGCCAUUAAUGGCCACGAACCUGUCCGUGACGGGCCCUCUGAGGGUUGCCGUGCCCAGCCCUCACACGCCCUCCUCGCGAGGCAGCCCGCCACCGCCGCCGGCCAGUCAACCGACGCCUCAGGGUCAGUCUCAAGGCCAGGGAUUGAUAAGGGUCGCCACGCCACCCCCGCCGAACCCGAAACCGCCCCAGAUCCACAGACCGUUCUCGCCCGCGUGAUACGACAAGGAGGACGAGGAUGCGAUCUCGGGGGAGGACGAUCAUCGACGGCCCGUCGGGGUGUCGGGGAAACCGGUGAUGGCCAGUGACGAGCAUCAGUUCUUCGAGAAACGGUUCGAGGUUUUGUGAAAGGAAAAGGGGAAAGAAAAAAAGGGAUAAACGAGAAGAUUCCAAUUUCGAUUUCAAAGAUUCAUCGGGAAGAUUUCUCGAAGGAACUUUGGACGAAAUUCGUCGGGGAGAAGAAUUUCUUGGUUGACGAAAGAAAUUAGAAUUUUUUUUUUUUUCCCCACCCUCGAGGGGAAAGAAAAUAAAAUCGAAUGAAUUGUUUAAGUGAUAGAGAGAGAUAAAAAAAGAAAGAAAAGGAUGGAUAAUUCGAUUAAUUAAUAUCGUUACGCGAUACAAGCAAUGACUAGAAUUUUUCUAGUCGAUUGUGCUUAGAAUGGAUCGCGGGAGCGGACGUGUGCAAUUAGAUGAAGAUGAUGCGAGAGAGUGAAUGAUCGAUGUAAAUAGCCUUAAAUCAUCGAGGAAACGACGGCCACGCGAGGAUGGGUACAUUUUUCGUUGAACGAAAAACCCGAACACGAGAUCGAUCCGCUUCGAGGCUAACGAACUCAGUGGUAGUGGUGUUUUUCUUUUCGGUUUUUUUCUCUUUCUCUCUCUCUCUCUCUCUCUCUCUCUUUUUCUCUCUCUUCUUUUUGCGUAGUCUGUACAUAGCGAUGCUUUCGAUAAAAAAAAAAAAAAGAUGUUGUUCGGUGUAAUCGUUGCCUGAAAACUGUUGUUCGUCGUCAUUUCAAACGUACAUGAUGAUCUAUCGUCGGUCAACGUGAUCUGUUUAAAAAAAAAAUCUAUCGAUUCGGAAAUGGAAAUGGUAAAAAAAAAAAAACGGUAAAAAAUGAUUCGAGGACGUACGUAAGUUCGUAGGAAACGCAAGCCUGAACGAACGAGAUCGAGGCCGAGUUUCGAAAAGAAAAAAAGAAAAAGAAAAAAUAAUUUUUCAACCGAUAAAAUUGUAUCGAAUAAACAAACGAGUCUUCUAAUCUCGUCCAGAGCGUCGGGAUAUCAACGGAUACACCGAGAGACGCGCGUGGAGCGGUAAAAUCGGGCCGACAACCACUUUGUAACUCACGAUCCAACGAAACGUAUCGAUCUGUUUUGUAAUAUUAAAAUAUUGUCUAAAUCUAUCUUUUCCCAAAAUUGAAAUCGCACAAUUGUUGCUGUCGGGUCAACGCGAAAAUCGUGUGAUAAACGCGAUUACAUUGAAAAUAAUGGACGAGAGAUGGAACGAGAGAACGGGAGCAUCGGUCGUAUUAAUUUAAGAUACCUUCCUGGCGAAACCUUCCCCAUCUAGCUUAAGUAGGGAUUAGCAAUUUGUAAAUUUCCUUAAUCUCUCGACACGGUCGCCGUACGAAGUAAUCGUUUAUUCUCCGUGGAGUUGCACGCGGUUCGAGGGAACUCGAUUGUCAAGGAACACGAUCGAUCGAUCGACCCACUCGAGCCUGGUUCGAAGAGAAGAGGAAGAAGAGGAAGAGGAAGGAUAAAAAGAAGAAGAUGUAGCGAGAAUGAGAAGAAGAGGAUGCAAGAAGAAGAAGAAGAAACCGUGCGAACACGGUGGUUUCCCCUCCCCCACUCCCCGCCCCCCUUCUGUCUUUGUAGAUACACACGAGAAUACACAACACGUUAGCAGAAUUUCUUGUAUAAUCGGCCCUUACCACCUUAUAAAUAUGAACAUACUACCACAGCCCAUGUAUACAUAGCUACCUUACGUAAAGACUAUUAACACGGAAUUAUACAUAUAUAAAUAUACGAGAGGAAGAUGAAGCAUUA